UAAAAGCUGACGGUGAAUUCUUCGAGUUAAGCUGGUAGUUGGCUUCUUUCCUGUAGCGACCGAUUGGGUACACAUUAGAAGUUGUUUCCCUCUUUAAAACGAUAUGAAAGUACAUUUUGCGUAUAGAAACUGUGAUGUUUUCGUCUUAUUUUAACUUCUCCACGUAGCCACGAGUCAGGCGAAGAGUGAGACCUCUUUUAUGCAUCCUUAUCUGCAGUGGCAGUUCAUUUAGAGUUCCCGCACACCCAGUAGUGUGUUAAAUGUCUAAAACAUAGAUACUUGGGGUAAUAAGUCCUAUUGUUUUGAGUUGUUUAGCUUAGUUUAGUAGCUCGCUGUCGUCCGACCUGGUGCUACACUAGCGUUGCGUGCUGUCGUUUAAAUCUUUUCUUCUCAUGCCAAAGGCUAUGAGUAAAGAGUCCAAGAUGAGGGCAACAGUAAACCAGAAGCUGACAGAGAUGGGAGAAAGAGAGAGACUGAAGGAGGUGCUGAGAGCCAAGCUCACUGAGUGUGGAUGGAAGGACCAGAUGAAAGCUCACUGCAAAGAGGUCAUUAAAGAAAAGGGCUUGGAGCACGUCACUGUGGAGGACCUUGUCGUAGAGAUCACUCCUAAAGGAAGAGCCUUGGUGCCAGACAGCGUGAAGAAAGAGCUCCUACAGAGAAUAAGAGCCUUCUUAGCUCAGCACGCCUCAUAAUUUAGCCCUAACCUCUCAUUAGACCACUUGCCUAUACUCUCGUGACACAGAUUUAUAUUUUUUAUGGAGUAAUUUACUUGAAUUUUAAAGAUACGACACAGACUCUGGUAUUUGACUGUGAUCGCGUGUGUAAAUGCACACGUGUCUGUCCUUUGUAUAUGAAAUGUGCUGUUGGAAUAAAGGUGUUUUGAUUGAUCUGA